AAAACCAAAAAGAAAACAUCGAAUCGAUAAUCGAGUAUCGAUCAAUCGAAACUCAUCACAUGUUCAAAGUUUUCAUCUCAACACGUUUUUGUUUUCAUUUAAUUGAUUCCUUUAAUUCUGAUCAACCACUUGCCAAUUUAAUUACCAUGGACCGAGUUUUAAAACCCAAAACUGCUCGAGGGAAAAGGAAACUCUUGCAAAAAGAGCCCAAAGUGAAUGAAGAUCCCAAAAGCUGUGUAUUCAUCCGCUCAUCGACUGUUAAUCAAACUACUGUUGAUGUGAUGAAGGAUCUUUUCUCACUCAAGAAACCCUUUACAUCAUUCAAUAAGCAAAGGAAUAAAGAUAUUCGCCCAUUCGAAGAUUGUAAGCAUGUCGAAUUUCUUGCCAGGAAAAGUAAUUCCACUUUCUUCGUGGUUGGCUCACAUUCCAAGAAAAGACAAAAUAAUUUGAUAUUGGGACGAACUUUUGAUCAACAAGUUUCCGACAUGUUUGAAUUUGGGAUCGAAAAUUUUGCAAAUAUGAAAAGUUUUGCAAAUGGUAAAAUUGAUUAUGGAGCUAAGCCUCUGUUGAUUUUUGGGGGACAGCAAUUUGAUGAAGUAGAUGAAUUGAAAAGAUUGAAAAAUCUCUUGAUUGAUUUUUUCGUCGGUCCUAAUCUUAGUGGAUUACGUUUAUCUGGAGUUCAACAUGUUAUUCAAAUAGUUGCUCACAAUAGCAAAAUUCUGAUCAGAUGUUAUAAAGUAAAUUUAUCAACAACCGAGUCCAAGUAUCGUAAACUCGAGCUACAAGAGAUGGGACCAAGGAUCGACUUAGGUUUACGGAGAUCGAAGAUGGCAUCAGAUGACCUGAUGAAGAAAUCUCUCAAAAAACCAGCCGAGGUUAAAAUUAAAAAGAUUAAAAACAUCAAGAGAUCUAAACUUGGUACUACAUUUGGAAGAGUUCAUAUGAAUAGACAAGACUAUUCAAGACUCCAAACAAGAAAGAUGAAAGGACUAAAAAAACGAUCAGCCGAAUAAUCUUCGGCAUGUAGAGUUAGUUCUGUCCAUGUAAUUGUUCUAAUUAAUCAAGAUUUACUAAAGUUAAUUAAAAUGUCAAAAUGAUUCUGACAAACUCACUGAAA